AUGGCGGCGCCGCUCUACACGACCGCGUCGGGUCAACUGUACCACGCCGGUAAAAUCCUCAUCGCAACCGUCGGACUUCCCGCACGAGGCAAAACGCAUCUUUCCCACGCCAUCGAACGAUACCUCACAUGGCUUGGCGUCAAAUCAGGCGUGUUCUCGCUCGGCGAUCACCGCCGAAAAGUUCUCGGUGGAGCCGACAAGAUUCCAUCCGACUACUUUGUCACUGGUCCCAAGAGUGAAGAUACCGAAAAGCUGCGACGGCGCAUCCUCGACGAAUUCGACGAUACUGUCAUCGACUUCUUCUUCAACCAAGGCGGACAGGUCGUAGUGUACGACGCCAACAACUCGAUUCAGAGUAGGAGAUAUGCAAUUCGAGAGAAGUAUGGCAAGCUUGGAGUACACGUCAUGUUCUUGGAGAGCAUCUGUACCGAUCCCAAGGUGGUCGAGGCCAACGUUCGAAGCGUCAAGCUGAGCAGUCCUGAUUACACCGAUUGGGACCCCGAGAGAGCCAUGCAGAACUACUACGAGCGCAUCGCCGGACACGAAAAAACUUACGAGCCGAUCGAAAAUCCGAGCUUCCCGUACAUCAAGCUCAUCAACGUCGGAGAGCAGGUGGUGGUGAACAACAUACAAGGCUACCUCCAAUCGCGUAUCGUGUUCUUCCUCAUGAACAUUCACAAUCGACAUCGAACCAUCUACCUCGCUCGAGCGGGCGAGGCUCUGGUGGAGCACCUGUACAAGGCCGAUGCGGAUCUUUCUUCGCUCGGAUGGGAUUAUGCCGACGAGCUGGCGCAUCACAUGGUCAACGUGCGAAGGAAGAAAGCCGGUCUCGAGCCGCUAGGGGCAGGCACGGGCGGAGGCAAAGCGAGCAAGGAUAGCUUCAUGGAGCAAGAUAGCAAGGCGUUUGAAGUUUGGACCUCGCAACGCCGUAGGUCAUCGCACACCGCCUAUCCGCUCGCCGAGGCGGGAUACAAGGUGAUCGAACGCUCUCAGUUGAGCGAGAUGAACCCGGGCAUCGUCGAUGGAAUGACCGUCGAUGAAGUGAAGCGGCGCUUCCCAGACGAGUACGAACGCAAGGUGCGCGAGCCCUACUCGCACCGUUUCCCACGCGCCGAAUCGUACCACGACCUGUCGGUUCGCUUGGAGCCGAUCAUCUUCGAACUAGAACGAACACGAAACGAUGUGCUCAUCAUCGGUCAGUCCUCGGUCCUGCGGUGUCUCAUCGCCUACCUGCAAGGCUUGCAGCCUCACGAGAUCCCGAGCAUCCAGGUAAGGGAGGGUCAGUUGAUCGAGAUCCUACCCCAGGCGUACGGAGUGAAAACGGAGGUGCACGAGUUUUGGGAUCCCGUCGCAAGGAGGAAGGAGCGCGAUGCGGCAUUCGAUGAUUUGGGAGAAGAGGGGGAGGUUCACAGGGCCAAGAAGAAUCUGGUACACAUCAACGAGAUGGUCCUGACGAGCGAUGGAUCGGCAGCGACGGAGGAAGGUCAGAAAGCAGACAGUCGUGCUGCCAGUCAGUCACCUGCGAGGCUGCAGUGGGCAAAGAGGAGGAACAGCUCGGGAAAGAGUCCAGAGGGGAUCAGAGCAGAUAGAGAGGCCAUUCGUGCAUUGGAGGCUCAGCUCAGGGAGAGUCAGAUCAAGGAACACGCCGAACGACCAAAUCUGUAG